GAUCCAAUCAAUCUCAACAUAUUGACCAAGGUCCCCAGAACCUUCGCAUCGAACAAUCUACCAGCAAUCCCCGCCCCAAACCCGCCACAAUGAAAGUGAUCACCGCCAAUUUCGUGACAUGCGCCGUGAAGGAUUGCAAGACAUCACCAGCCUCAUUCCCAUUACAUUUCAACGAUGCCGAGCUAGAGCAACAGGAACUGGAUUUCCAGCCCGAAUUCAUCCGCAACGUCCUUCCCCGCAUUGACUGGGCAGCCCUGCGCACCAUUUCCAACGAGCUUGGAUUCCCAACUCUUCCGGACUCGAAACCCGAGGGCGAGGCUCUCGACAACGAGCAGACAUUGAAGGACUUGCACCGGUUGCUACUUGAGACGCACGUCACGGAAGGGAAAUUGACCUGCGGAAACUGCGGUCAUUCAUAUAUGAUUAAGGAAGGAAUUGCGAACUUCCUUCUUCCAAGCCACCUUGUCUGAACAACACAAUCCCACAUGCGCUUUUCACCCAAAUUGCUUCGCAAAUCGAUACCCCAGGGCUAGGA